AUGGAUAUCUGUUCGUCGUUCGCAACAGUCGGUUCCCUGAGUUCGGGUCUGUGUAGCCCGUUGGCACAAAGCUUCUCGCGUCAGGGCAAGAAACGGGCGCUGUCCGUGUCGCCGUCCCCGGACCUGGAGCUCCAUGGCCGGAUUCGGUCAUCGCCGAGCGCGCUUUACUCGGCCGCCGCAGCGUACGGCGCCUCGUGCUCCAGAAGUUCGAGCACUUCCGGUUCGUACGGGCACCUGAACCCGCUGGCGUUUACCAUGCAACACCACCCGUCCGUCAUAUCGCCGCAAGUCCAACAGUUGUUGCGAUCCGCCAGUGGCUUGCACUUGCCGUGGCACAACGCCGCCGCCAUGCCGUCCUCCGCCCACCAUCCUUCGUACAACCUACACAUGUUACCUGUACCCUCGCAGGACUGCAGUUCACAGAUGUUGGCCAAUGACAUGUGCAAGAUCAAACACGAACGGUCCAAAUCGAAAUCGACGUCGGCUUCGAAGAAGACUUCCCAAAAGAUCGUCGAAGACUCGAAACAAAACUCACCGGAAUCCAUCAGUGACCUCAAAGGGGAACCAGAUUUCAUCGAGACAAACUGUCACUGGAAGAACUGUAAUUUAGAAUACCAGACUCAGGCUGUAUUAGUGCAGCACAUCGUUAAUGAUCAUAUUCAGGCGAACAAAAAGUCAUUUGUAUGCCAGUGGCAGGAUUGUUCUAGAGCCGAGAAGCCAUUCAAAGCCCAAUACAUGCUUGUGGUACAUAUGCGAAGACACACUGGAGAGAAACCUCACAAAUGCACGUUUGAAAAUUGCACCAAAGCUUAUUCGAGGUUGGAAAACCUAAAAACUCAUCUCAGAUCUCAUACUGGCGAAAAGCCCUAUACUUGUGAACAUCCUGGUUGCAGUAAGGCCUUUAGCAAUGCUUCCGAUAGAGCCAAACAUCAAAACCGCACUCAUUCCAGCGAGAAACCGUACAUAUGUAAAGCUCCUGGUUGUACAAAACGUUACACCGAUCCAAGUUCCUUGCGCAAACACGUCAAGACGGUUCACGGGGCUGAUUUCUAUGCUCAUAAACGGCAUAAGGGCAAUGGAAACGGCGAUAACAGCCGCGGCGGUGGAAGUGGAGGUGGUGGUGGUGGUGGCAAUGGACCUGGUGCCGACGACGCGUCACCGUAUCGGAGCGAUGAGAUGCCGAUGAGUGCCAAAACCGUUAGCGUGUCUAGUCCGAGCAUAAAAUCUGAAGAAACAAAUUCCCCUGGCCAACAACCCAGUCCUAUGAGCGUUCCGUACAGUAAUAGAAUGUUUCACGACGAGCCUAUUAGCGACAGCAACCAUAGUGCAGACGCUUUGGACGACCCUUGGGUCGAAGAUGCACAUGAAGCCGACUUGUUCGACUUUAUUCCGAUGCACUCUGAAGUCGGAAUGGUCACUUCGGCGCCUAUGAUUCAAAGGAUGCGACGGUUUGUGCCACAUGCUGGAUUGAAGCACGCCGCAGCCAGUGAGUUAUCGCCAAUGCCCGAAUUGAGUCCAGGACAUGGAAGCACUUCUGGUAUGCAAGAAUUAAAUAAGCAAUUGACUGACAUGAAAAUGGUGUCUAAUCAAGACACUAUACGGAGAGAAAGCACAUAUAGUAAUUACUAUAGCAUGAAGUCUGACCUAAGUCGCAGGAACAGCCAAGUGCCUUCUGAGCAUCAUAGGUUAAGCAACGCCUCAUCCUUAUACGAUCCGAUUUCUGUGGAUUAUUCCCCUAGUCAAGCAAACACAGCAAUGGGUCCUGAUAUCGAUGCGUUUACCGAUAACGAAGAAUGCAGACAGUUGCCAGAAAGUGCCAAAAUGUCGAGACCUCAAACUCGCCAAGCCGGAGCUGUACAUCAUCCCAACUCGAACAUCAACCUUGACGAAGUCGGUGAGGGUGAAUCGCUGGAGAGCAAAAUGGUCCUACCCGACGAUUUUGAUGACGUCAUCAAGGACAUGAUAAGCGAAAAAAUCGACGGCUACGAUCUCGGCGCGUUUGACGCGGAAAAGACCAUUAACGAACUGACCGAAUCCGCUCUGGAGCACAUUCCCACGCUGACUCCACCCAUCGUCGUCCAGGACGCGUCCAACGGUACCGGCAACGGUCAAGCGUUGACCAAUACCGUGGCUCCCGUCAUUCCAUCACCCAUUCCGAACGACCGGCCAAGCAAGGCGCCACCGGCAAAUAGCUACCGGAACAUGCGCAGCAACAGUUUACCGGUUAACUGGCAGGGACAGGAACAUAGCCACGGACACGGCUUUCCCGGUUCUCCGUACAACCCUCAGUUCCAGAACCAAAGACCGUACCAAGCGAACCACCCGGCGAUGUUGUUCGGCACCACCACCACCAACAAUACCAACAACAACAACUUAAACGUCGGGCCGAAUAUGCAGCAGAGGCAAAACGGUGGACGGUACUCGUAUUCGUCCAACCAGGACUUUGUUAAUUACAACCACAAUUACGCCAACUUCAGGCUCAACAGCGGUUAUCAGUAUCACCAAGUGAAGAACAACAACAACAAUCAACACUAUCAGCUGAACAACAACAACAAUAACAACAACAUCAACAAUAACAGCAAUAGCAGGCCACAACAACAACAACAACAACAACAAUAA